AUGAACCACCCAAGGACUAUCAACUGGUCAUAUGUGUUCUUGGCGGAGUAUUUGCCGUACGCGUAUGGAAUGGCUAUUGCUGCCGCUUCUUGGAUGCAGAGGGUGCACAGGAAUCCCAUGAGCCAAGCGGUGUUUCGUUCGCUUGCAGCCGAGGUUGGUGUACUGCUUGUGUACCGGCUGUACAUGUGGCGCCUGGAUGAGUUCAUGCGAGUCUGGUCCUUGCUCCAGGUGAUCGGCGUUGUGGCGCUGAUCCUGGCAUAUGCCAGCCAGCACAAGUCCUCCAUAUACUGCCUGGAGAACUUGGUUUUCAAGCCACCGGAGUCAUGGCAGGUCACCAGAGAAGAAGUCAUCACCGUCAUGCACGCGCAGCGCUGCUUCAACGAGAGCUCCAUCGAGUUCCAGGAGCGCAUUCUGGACAACUCUGGAACAGGCGAGUCCACCCAUUGGCCGCCAGGUAGCAUACGCUCCAAGGAUGGCGUCACCAAGGGCAUCACAGACAUGGCAGCAGCCCGCGAUGAAGCGCGCAUAGUGAUUUUUGAGCUCGUGCGGGAGCUGCUGCAGCGGACGCGGGUUAAGCCGCAAUACAUCGAUUUUUUGAUCAUCAACUGCUCUUUGUUUUGCCCAACCCCAUCUCUUUGUGCGAUGGUGUGCAACGAGUUUGGCCUUCGUCAGGACAUUCGGUCAUACAAUCUCGGUGGCAUGGGCUGCUCCGCAAACGUGAUCUCUGUGGAUCUUGCGAAGCAGCUCCUGGAAAACAGGCCUGGCUCGCUGGCGCUAGUCAUCUCCACCGAGAACAUCACGCAGAAUCUCUAUCGAGGCAAUCAAAAGUCGAUGCUUCUGCAGAAUACUCUUUUCCGGUGCGGUGGAUGCGCCUUGAUGCUGUCAAGCCGUAUCUCUGACUCAAUGCGAGCCAAGUACAAGCUACUGUAUACCUUCCGCGCGCAGCUUUCGGAUGACAACUCCUACAACUGCGUCUUUCAGAAGGAAGAUGAAGAAGGAAACAGUGGCGUGGCGCUGUCCAAGGCGCUCGCAUUGCUUUCUUCAUCUUUCUUCCCAGAGUUGAUGUAUGCCUCGUGUGUGAGCUACAAGUGA